UGGGAAAGUUUCGAACGAAAAAGGGAGAAACACAGACCAAAUAAUUUAAUUCCAAUUUUAAAUUAUCUAAUUUUAGAUCAGACAGAAGAUCUGGAGGACGCGGCUGAAGACGAGCCAGAGGACCCGGUUGAAGACGAGCUGGUUGAAGCCGAGCUGCAAGAACUGGUUGAAGCCGAGCUGGUUGAAGCCGAGCUGCAAGAACUGGUUGAAGCCGAGCUGGUUGAAGCCGAGGCAGAGGAACUGGUUGAAGCCGAGUCGGAGGACUUUAUUGUGGACCUGGUUGAAGUCGAGCUGGAGGACCCGGUUGAAGCCGAGCCGGAGGACCCGGCUAAAGCCGAGCCGGAGGACCUGCUUGAAGACGAGGAUUUAAAAGAUUUGUAUUUUAGAGCAACGCUAAAUCUUUUCGACGGCAUGGAAAUGCUCGAAGAACUCCUGGAACAUGGAUUGCAUGGAAGUGACGUUCCACAAUGCUUAGAAAUAACCGUAUUGGUCUUCGUUUGCCUUUUUUAUAUUUUCUCAUUCCUUGAGCUUCUGCAUUUAGCAUUUCAAGGCAAGAAAGACAAUGUGGAAGGAGCAACAACCUUGAACCAAAAUGACGACGAAAAAGAGAAAAGCAGAAAGAAAAAAUGGAGAAGGACUCAAGCAACAAACACUGGUUUCCAAAUUGCCCUGAAUGGCGUAUUUUUUGGUCUACGUAUAACAAUGUGGCGCGAGUAUAAGCGUGACGCGGCAAUUUUUCUCGCGAAAAAUUUAAUCUCGAUCGUUAUGAAUGUGAUGCCAUAUUUGAUUUCCUUUGGUUGCGUUGAUGAUAAGAGUGAUGAUGAUGAUGGUGAUAAUGAUGGUGGUAAUGAUGAUGGUGGUGAUGAUGAUGAUGGUGAUGAUGAUGAUGGUGGUGGUGGUAAUGAUGAUGGUGGUGAUGAUGGUGAUGAUGAUGGUGAUGCAUGA